AUGGCUCGCUCAGGCUUUAUAAGAGCUGCUUCGAUACUAUUCCCCCUCCUAAUCUUGGUCAAUGGACAGACUACAUCCAACUCCGCCGACGGAUUGAACGGUUCGGCCCAGCCAACGGCUUUGGCAACAGUUGGAACAGUUAGUAUCGAUGGCACACAUACCGCAUUCCGUCCUAUUUUUACGAUCCCAGCAUCUGCCGAUGAGGGCGCUACCCUAUUGCCCAACAUAGAGGAUCCGCAGGCUGUUAAUGCCCAGGAUGUUUGCCCAGGAUACAAAGCUUCACAGGUAAAAGAUGACGAACGGGGUCUCACUGCAGUCUUGACUCUCGCUGGAGCUGCAUGCAACGCAUACGGCACGGAUAUUGAAGUACUCAAUCUCAAGGUCGAGUACCAGGCUGCUAAUCGCUUGGCCAUCAGCAUCAGCCCAGCAUUCAUUGAUUCGUCGAACUACUCUCACUACAUCGUCCCAGAGGAUCUUGUUCCAAGGCCAACAUUAGAGUCCAGCUAUACGGAUAUUGAUCUAGACUUUAAUUGGGAUAAUGAACCAACAUUCUGGUUUAGUGUUACGAGGCAUUCAACUGGAGAUGUUCUUUUCACUACGGAAAACCAAAAACUUGUGUUCGAGAAUCAAUUCGUUGAAUUUGUGUCGUCACUGCCUGACGAUUACAACCUAUAUGGUUUGGGGGAACGGAUCCACAGUCUGCGAUUGAAUCAUAACCUGACAGCUACUAUCUAUGCUGCAGAUGCCGGUGAUCCAAUCGAUGUAUAUGGGAGUCAUCCAUUCUAUCUCGAUACCCGAUACUUUGAGACUGACGGCCAUGGCAAGCAAAAGCUUGUGAAGAACUCCCCCUUACCUCGUGGAAACAGUGGAGGGUCGAAAUACGAGUCCUAUUCUCAUGGAGUAUACCUACGAAAUAUGCAUGGCCAAGAAGUCCGAUUGCAACCCGACAGUGUCACAUGGAGAACAAUUGGAGGAAGUAUUGAUUUGUUUUUCUUCGACGGUCCUAGCCAACGAGAAGUUACCAAGCAGUAUCAGUUAGCUGCAGUGGGGUUACCAGCUCUGCAAUCCUACUGGGGGUUUGGAUACCACCAAUGCCGCUGGGGUUAUCGAAAUUGGACAGAGCUCCGACAAGUCGUCGAUACCUUUAAGGCCUUUGAUAUUCCACUUGAGACAAUUUGGACAGACAUCGACUAUAUGGAUCAGUAUCGGGAUUUCACUGUAGAUCCGGUCACUUUCCCCGUGUCUGAGGCUCAGGCUUUCCUAGAGCAGUUGCACGCAGACGGACAGCACUAUAUUCCAAUUGUUGAUUCAGCCAUAUACAUUCCAAAUCCGACCAACAGCAGUGACGCCUAUGCCACUUACACUCGAGGUAACGAGUCCGGGGCAUUCCUUCUAAAUCCGGACGGCAGUCAGUAUAUCGGAGCGGUAUGGCCUGGUUACACAGUCUUUCCUGAUUGGCUGUCCAAAUACAGUAUUCCGUGGUGGGUCAAUGAAAUGGUCACCUGGCACAAGGAUAUUCCGUUCGAUGGUAUUUGGAUCGACAUGUCGGAGGUUUCAUCGUUCUGUGUCGGGUCCUGUGGCACUGGCAAUAUUACAUUGAAUCCAGUCCACCCCCCAUUCAGCUUACCGGGAGAGGUGGGUAACAUAAUUUACGACUACCCCGAGGGCUUCAACAUCACCAAUGCUACAGACGCUGCUUCUGCCCUAGCCGCUUCGAAUGUGAAUCAUCCUCCAUAUGUAAUCAAUCACGUUCAGGGCGACCUUACCGUGCACGCGGUGUCCCCCAAUGCAACUCACCACAAUGGUGUCCAAGAAUAUGACGUCCACAAUCUUUGGGGUCACCAAAUCCUGAAUGCGACUUACCAGGCCCUGUUAAGCGUAUUCCCUGGGAAACGACCCUUCAUCAUUGGUCGUUCGACAUUCGCUGGUUCGGGCAAAUGGUCCGGCCAUUGGGGUGGAGAUAACACCUCCAAGUGGUACUACAUGUACUUCUCCAUCCCUCAAGCAUUAUCGUUCUCACUCUUCGGUAUCCCAAUGUUCGGCGUUGAUACUUGCGGCUUCAAUGGCAACUCGGACUACGAGCUGUGUUCUCGGUGGAUGCAGCUUAGCGCCUUCUUUCCCUUCUACCGUAAUCACAACACACUUUCUGCCAAUUCCCAAGAGCCCUAUAUCUGGGAAUCUGUCGCAAGAGCGUCUCGCACUGCCAUGAACAUUCGUUACUCACUUCUACCUUACAUAUAUACCCUGUUCUACCAAGCGCACACAACGGGCUCGACGGUGAUGCGAGCACUGGCCUGGGAAUUUCCUAACGAGCCUCUGCUCGCCGGGGUAGACACCCAGUUCAUGCUCGGCCCUUCGCUCCUCAUCACUCCGGUUCUCGAGCCCGGAGCAGACACGGUUAAUGGCAUAUUCCCUGGAAUCAUCGAUGGUGAAGUGUGGUACGACUGGUAUACGCAGGAAAAGGUGCAGGCGCAGGCGGGUGUCAACACCACGAUCAACGCUCCGCUUGGUCAUAUCCCGGUCUUCAUCCGUUCUGGAAGCGUGCUCCCGCAACAAGAGCCCGGAUACACGACUGCGGAGUCCCGAAAGAACCCUUGGGGUCUGUUAGUCGCGCUUUCGGAGGACGGAGACGCGACGGGUUCGCUGUAUGUCGAUGAUGGAGAAUCACUAGAGCCCACGGAUACUUUGACCGUUGCCUUCACGGUGAUGAAUGGGAAAUUAAAGGCAGAUGUAAAUGGUAACUACAAGGAUACCAAUAGCCUAGGCAACGUUACUAUUAUGGGCGUCGACGGAUGUGAUGGGAACGUCAAGCUGAAUGGCGAAAAAAUUGACGAUAGCAAGGUGGAUUGCGAUGAGGGUACCGGGGUCUUGAAGCUGACUGGGCUGAAUGAUGUGACGAAGAGCGGUGCCUGGAUUGCGAGUUGGACAUUAAGUUGGGCAUGA